GUUUUAAGCCGCUUUAGCGCGAUCGUGUAUCGCCGAAGUGUAGAUGGCGUGAAGGCAGUUUUCUUUAGGCAGUUCGGCGCUGCUCUUAGGUGAAAGGCAUGCUGGGAUACCAGUCACGGCGGAAUGUUUUAAAGAAGCUAGCCUCAGUAGUUAUCACUGAAGAUGCAGCGACCUGUCUCCAGUUUGGGUCUCAGUCCCAGUGUAAAAGUGAAACUGGUCAACUCUGGUUUACAGUUCACUGCAGACCUUCUGCAUCUCAAACCGCUACAGCUUAGUAAAGAUACUGGUUUGUCCCAGCAGGAGGCACUAGAGGUGCUACAGGCCGUGAAGACAGAUGGAGGAGGUGAUGAAGCAAGAGGAGGAAGAGUGCCAGCCUCUCUGACAGCUCUGGAGCUCCUGCAGCAGGAAGAGGAGAUGAGGAGCAUUGUGACAUUCUCCUCUCAGCUGGAUGCUGCUCUUGGAGGAGGAAUUCCUGUUGGAAAAUCUACAGAAAUCUGUGGAGUUCCAGGAGUCGGAAAAACACAGCUGUGUCUGCAGCUGUCGGUCGAUGUCCAGGUACCUCAAAGUUUUGGUGGGGUCGGAGGUCAGGUGAUCUACAUUGACACCGAGGGCAGCUUCCUGGUGCAGAGAGUCAUCGACAUGGCAACUGCUGCUGUCAAACACUGCUCCUUAUUGGUGGAAGAUGAUGAGCAGCGAGUUGCCAUGACAACUUUCACCAUUGAGAACAUCCUGUCUAACAUCUUCUUGGUGCGUUGCCAUGACUACGUGGAGCUGUUGGCUGAGCUCCACCUGCUGCCCGAUUUCCUGUCGGACCACCCAAAGUCCCGCCUCUUGGUGAUUGACAGUGUAGCGUGUCUGUUCAGACAGUUUGAUGACCUUUCCCUGAGGACACGCCUCCUCCAUAGCCUCACCCAGCAGCUCAUUGCCAUGGCAACCAGACAUCACAUCGCCGUAGUGAUCACCAACCAGAUGACCACACGGCUGCGAGGCAGCCACUCGCAGCUUGUUCCUGCCUUUGGAGAGAGCUGGGGCCAUGCUCCCACCAUCAGACUCCUCUUACAAUGGGCGGGGUCUAGGCGGAUGGUGGCCAUUUAUAAAUCUCCAUGUCAGAUGGACGCCACCAUCCAGUACCAGAUCACCUCUGAGGGUUUCAGAGAUGCUGACCAACCAGAGCAGUCGCAGAGCAAACGGCCUAGGACUCACACUGAUCAAUAAGUUGCUAGCCAUAAGAUGCCUGCUGUUGAUUGGUCAGACACUGAUCUGAUAGCAGUGCCCACAUGAUAAAAUGUAUCAUUAUAGCUGAAAGGCUCUGCACACUCUCACAGGUGUGGUACAGCCCCACACACCUGCUGCAGCUGAUCACACCUGAAGUAUGUCAAGUGGCAGAAGCUGGGAUUUCUGUGAGGACAGCGGUCAGAAAUCUAAAGUUGUAAACUGUUCUGCAACACGACUAGAGUUGGUCAAGUCCUCACUUACACGAUGAGUACUUUCACUCUGGAUAAUUUAAGUACAUGUUCCUGGUAAUACUUGUGUGUUUUUAGUCAAGUAGAAUUUUGAAUGCAGGACUUGUAACAGAGUAUUUCUAUCUACCAUUAUUGGUUUUACUGAAGUGAAAGAUUUGAAUACUUUGUCCAAGUCUGACUUAAGUCCUGAACAGAAAAACUCAAUGUUGCUUAAGUUGUUCAUUUUUGUUGCUGUUUUUUUAAAGA